ACAAAAACCCGCCGAGGAUUCCCGCCGCUCUCUCAAUGUCACGAUCCACCACAGGAAAUCUAUCUACACAGCUUCCUUUCUCCCGGGGAAGGGAGAUUACAAUUAGCUUUUCAUCGUGAGUUUUUGGCAGAUUCGGCAGCAUACUCGGUCCCGAGGAGAAAACCAGGCAUCGGGGCAAUGGGAAGAAGUGGAAGUUUGAGUAUGGGAGUAUCAUUCGUUUGCAACGUGCCGUGUCAUAUGAUGUGGGAGAUCAUGGUCUUUCCAUAACCACGAUCGUUCUUGGCAAAUUUUUCUACAGAAGUGGUUUGCCAUUGCCCUCUUCCUGGCAGUGUCUCUACAAGACAGCCAUAUAUCUCCUUGGUUUCAUGGAUCCAAAGAGAAAACCAACAUCAGGAUUACCAGGAGAAGGUCGGUGUUCUGAAAGAAUAUAAUGGAUAAUGACCAAGUCAGUUUUAGUCCAUGGAAAGCAGCUGAUGAAUAUACCACUGCAAUCUGGUCCAUCCAGAAGAAGAUUCAUAAUUAAUUGACAAUGCAUUCACAUCUCAGGCUGACCCCACUUGUUACACUGCUGUUGGCACUGGCAUCCCUUCAACCUUUGAACUCUUUAUCCAUUAGUCAAGAGUCCAUCGCUCAGGCAUGCCAUGCUUUCUCAGGAAUCCAUGAUUUCCAGAGAUAUGUUUGCUGUUCUCCAUCUGAUGAAGAGUUACAUCAUUGCCAUUAAAAAAGCACAAGACAUUUCAAACAUCAAUAUACCAAUUAUAAGAGCACGGAUGGGAGGAGAUUACCAGCAGGAAUUGAGGAAGCCUUUAGAUUUAUCACUGGAAUACUGGAGGUAAUAGCUAACUAUAUUUUCGAUCAGCAGAUCAAAAUAAUAGGAGCAAUCAUCUUUGGCUACCUUAUCUUCAUUUUAGUAGUGCAUUUGACCUUUUGUAUUCUUCAGCUACGUGGAGAUAUUCCUUUAGUCCUGACAGGACAGCCCUGCAGUACUGGCUGAAAGGUGCUCCUUGACCACUAACAUGGUCCUUCCUCCACCCGACAGGCGCCAUGUGUGCCUCUCCACCAUUGUCAUCAUGAGCAGCAUGGCCUUCAUGGACGCCUACCUGGUGGAGCAAAACCAGGGCCCUCGGAAGAUUGGGGUCUGUAUCAUUGUGCUGGUUGGAGAUAUCUGCUUCCUCAUCGUGUUGCGGUACGUGGCAGUCUGGGUCGGAGCUGAGGUAAAGACCGCCAAGCGUGGAUAUGCCAUGAUACUCUGGUUUCUGUACAUAUUCGUUCUGGAGAUUAAGCUCUACUUUAUUUUUCAGAACUACAAGGCUGAGAAAAAGAACACAGACAUAGUCGCACGAAAGGCACUGACCUUACUGCUUUCUAUCUGUGUGCCCGGGCUAUACCUCAUCUUGAUCGCCUUAGACAGCAUGGACUAUGUCAGGACUUUCAGAAAGAAAGAGGAUCUAAGAGGACGUCUGUUCUGGGUAGCCCUGGAUUUGUUGGAUAUUUUGGACAUCCAAGCCAAUCUCUGGGAACCACAUAAGUCUGGCCUUCCCAUGUGGGCAGAGGGACUCAUGUUUUUCUACUGCUACAUUCUCUUGCUCAUUCUGCCAUGUGUGUCUCUCAGUGAGAUCAGCAUGCAAGGUGAGCACAUAGCCCCUCAAAAGAUGAUGCUAUAUCCUGUGUUAAGCUUGGUAACCAUCAACAUAGUGACAAUAUUCAUCCGAUCAAUUAACAUGUUACUGUUCCGAGACAGUCGGGUUUCGACUAUAUUUAUUGGUAAGAACAUCAUCGCGAUAGCCACCAAGACUUGCUCUUUUGUAGAGUAUCAGAAACAGGUCAAGAAUUUCCCAGAGAAUGCAAUAGCCCUCGAGCUCCAGCAGAAUUCCAUCCCUCACAGUCAGAGCAUCCACAAUACACAAGCUGUCCCACAUGACCAAACCCCAACCGGAGAAAUAGUGGACACAUGACAGCAAGCAAGUCAACUAUGAACUGGGAAACAGAUCAUUUCCAAAAGUAGUCCAGGAAGAGUAACAAUGGGAAAGAAAUACUUCCAGACUCUGGGUGGCAAUGACUGCUCCAUAUCCAAUAAGAAUCCAUGGAUGGGCUAACAGCAAUCUGUGCUCACCCCACUCUCAAUUUUCUCUUCUUCCUAUUGCUGACCUCUUGCUAUAACUCAGGUAUGACAAGGAGAAUUUGACGACAGCUCUGGGAUGGUUACAAAACAACUCUUCAAAAGAAUACUCUUGCCCUGGAACUUGAAGCCACCAAAAGAAGUCACAACUAGGUGUUUUUAUUCCAUAGUCAAUGACCUAUUGGAUUUGUCAUUCUCAAGACCAAGACUUUAAUGUCCAAAUUUCUAACAUCUGAAAUGAAUGUGUUUAUUAUGAUGGCAACCAUUUUACAAACAUAUUUUGAGAUCUAACUGUAUUUUCAGAUGCAGAGUAUUUAAAUUAUUUCAGAAAUUACAUUUCUGCCAAAUUUUAACAGAAGACAUCUGGGAAAGUAAAGGAAAGGAUGUGAAUUAACCUUGCUGUGUCUCUGACUGAUUGGCCUUGAAUUGUUACCUCUUUCUGUGCAGGUAGAUGUGCAUUAUCUCGUUGCCUUCAUCUCUUUCACACUUCCAACUCAUGAUUGUUAAUUUAAUCCCAAAAUCUGCAACUCCUGAGAAAUCCACUCAGGCUUUUGAUCUAAGCCACUGAUGGAAGCUGAUGGCCAGUGCAACAAUGAAAAGACAUGUUAAAAUUUGACCAUAGAUCAAAUCACAAGCAGUUGUUGCCAUGAAGUCCACAGUCAUGCAGAACAGAAACAGACACGCUGUCCAUAAAUUAUGUAUUGCUUCAAAAUAACAUAAUGGAAAGGUUUAAAUGUGUAUUUCAUCCAUUUUAAUCACAAGAUUAUGUUCUUCCAUUGGAGUUCUUCCAUUGGACUUUUUAUACGUUGAUAGACUAAACCACGUCUCAUCUAAUUGCUUGUGUGAAUUCCAGCACUGUUUAUUUAAUGGGGUUGAGGAAACACUUUUGGAUAACCAGAUUAAGUUGACAAAGAAAGCAACCAUGAUUUGUUAAUAAACAGCUGUGAGCCAGUGGGGUUUAUGAAGCAUAUUGUAAAUCUAAAGUUACUGGUGGAAGAAGAAAAGUGAGAAAAGGAAUUACUCAAUUUCAAGCACAGUAGGUGUGCUUUUCUGAGUCUCUUUCUUGUGCUUGGUGUACAUUGUCAGUCCAUCCCUGUCAUUACCGAGCUAACAGGCGCUGGUGUCUGCAAAGAGGCACUCACUCCCCCAUCAGUCACUCAAAUGCAAGGUUACAUUAAAUCAUUUUUCAUGUUUGUGUUCUCACAGAGAAAGGUAGGAACUGAGUUGAAUUG